ACAAAAACUUCAAUUAAAACUACACACAUUCCUUACCUAUCAACAUUUGUAUCACAAUAUGGAGAGAGUAACAAAGAUGGUUUCAGAAAGGCCAGUGGUGAUAUUCAGCAAGAGUUCAUGUUGCAUGAGUCAUACAAUAAAGACACUUUUUUGUAACUUUGGUGUGAAUGCAGCUAUUUAUGAACUUGAUGAGAUACAAAGAGGGAGAGAGAUUGAACAAGCACUUUCAAGACUUGGUUCUUCUCCAUCUGUUCCAACUGUUUUCAUUGGUGGUGAGCUUAUUGGUGGAGCUAAUCAAGUCAUGAGUCUUCACCUUAACCGCACUUUGAUUCCAAUGCUUAAAAAAGCUGGAGCUCUUUGGGUUUAGUCUCAUUAACUUAUCAAGCACAAAGCAAACAGUAAUUGAAUAUAGUAAUUAAUAAGCUUAACUUAAUUCAUAGACUUGGGUGCUGUUUAAGGACAAUUAUCUUCUACACCGCCACUGCACUAUAUGUAACUAUGCAACAAUAAUAGGGGUCUAAGUCUAUCGUUUAGCCUUUUUUUAUUAGGGUUUCAAUGUAAUGUUUUCUGAUGUAUGUAAUGUUAUCUUUUUGAUAGGUAUUAUAGAAAAUUAUAUAUAGAUGAAUUGCAGAACACUGCAUGUUUUAAAA